GGGGGAGGGGACCGCAGAGAGCGCCGGCCGCUGGGCUGGCCUGAGAGCGCAGCGCGCCGGCCGCCACCAGCCGCGCCGGAGCCCCUGCGCCCUGCGGCCCGCUCCCCGGGGACCGGGCCGGCGCCAUGGACCGAGGCCAGGUGCUGGAGCAGCUGCUCCCAGAGCUCACCGGGCUGCUCAGCCUCCUGGACCACGAGUACCUCAGCGAUACCACCCUGGAAAAGAAGAUGGCCGUGGCCUCCAUCCUGCAGAGCCUGCAGCCCCUUCCAGCAAAGGAGGUCUCCUACCUGUAUGUGAACACAGCAGACCUCCACUCGGGGCCCAGCUUCGUGGAGUCCCUCUUUGAAGAAUUUGACUGUGACCUGAGUGACCUUCGGGACAUGCCAGAGGAUGAUGGGGAGCCCAGCAAAGGAGCCAGCCCUGAGCUAGUCAAGAGCCCACGCCUGAGAAACGCGGCCGACCUGCCUCCACCGCUCCCCAACAAGCCUCCCCCUGAGGACUACUAUGAGGAGGCCCUUCCUCUGGGACCCGGCAAGUCGCCUGAGUACAUCAGCUCCCACAAUGGCUGCAGCCCCUCACACUCGAUUGUGGAUGGCUACUAUGAGGACGCAGACAGCAGCUACCCUGCAACCAGGGUGAACGGCGAGCUUAAGAGCUCCUAUAAUGACUCUGACGCAAUGAGCAGCUCCUAUGAGUCCUACGAUGAAGAGGAGGAGGAAGGGAAGAGCCCGCAGCCCCGACACCAGUGGCCCUCAGAGGAGGCCUCCAUGCACCUGGUGAGGGAAUGCAGGAUAUGUGCCUUCCUGCUGCGGAAAAAGCGUUUCGGGCAGUGGGCCAAGCAGCUGACGGUCAUCAGGGAGGACCAGCUCCUGUGUUACAAAAGCUCCAAGGAUCGGCAGCCACAUCUGAGGUUGGCACUGGAUACCUGCAGCAUCAUCUACGUGCCCAAGGACAGCCGGCACAAGAGGCACGAGCUGCGUUUCACCCAGGGGGCUACCGAGGUCUUGGUGCUGGCACUGCAGAGCCGAGAGCAGGCCGAGGAGUGGCUGAAGGUCAUCCGAGAAGUGAGCAAGCCAGCUGGGGGAGCUGAGGGAGUGGAGGUCCCCAGAUCCCCAGUCCUCCUGUGCAAGUUGGACCUGGACAAGAGGCUGUCCCAAGAGAAGCAGACCUCAGAUUCUGACAGCGUGGGUGUGGGUGACAACUGUUCUACCCUUGGCCGCCGGGAGACCUGUGAUCACGGCAAAGGGAAGAAGAGCAGCCUGGCAGAACUGAAGGGCUCAAUGAGCAGGGCUGCGGGCCGCAAGAUCACCCGUAUCAUCGGCUUCUCCAAGAAGAAGACACUGGCCGAUGACCUGCAGACGUCCUCCACCGAGGAGGAGGUUCCCUGCUGUGGCUACCUGAACGUGCUGGUGAACCAGGGCUGGAAGGAACGCUGGUGCCGCCUGAAGUGCAACACUCUGUAUUUCCACAAGGAUCACAUGGACCUGCGAACCCAUGUGAACGCCAUCGCCCUGCAAGGCUGUGAGGUGGCCCCGGGCUUUGGGCCCCGACACCCAUUUGCCUUCAGGAUCCUGCGCAACCGGCAGGAGGUGGCCAUCUUGGAGGCAAGCUGUUCAGAGGACAUGGGUCGCUGGCUCGGGCUGCUGCUGGUGGAGAUGGGCUCCAGAGUCACUCCGGAGGCGCUGCACUAUGACUACGUGGAUGUGGAGACCUUAACCAGCAUCGUCAGUGCUGGGCGCAACUCCUUCCUAUAUGCAAGAUCCUGCCAGAAUCAGUGGCCUGAGCCCCGAGUCUAUGAUGAUGUUCCUUACGAAAAGAUGCAGGACGAGGAGCCCGAGCGCCCCACAGGGGCCCAGGUGAAGCGUCACGCCUCCUCCUGCAGUGAGAAGUCCCAUCGUGUGGACCCGCAGGUCAAAAUCAAACGCCACGCCUCCAGUGCCAAUCAAUACAAGUAUGGCAAGAACCGAGCUGAGGAGGAUGCCCGGAGGUACUUGGUAGAAAAAGAGAAGCUGGAGAAAGAGAAAGAGACGAUUCGGACAGAGCUGACAGCACUGAGACAGGAGAAGAGGGAACUGAAGGAAGCCAUUCGGAGCAGCCCAGGAGCAAAAUUAAAGGCUCUGGAAGAAGCCGUGGCCACCCUGGAAGCUCAGUGUCGGGCAAAGGAGGAGCGCCGGAUUGACCUGGAGCUGAAGCUGGUGGCUGUGAAGGAGCGCUUGCAGCAGUCCCUGGCGGGAGGGCCAGCCCUGGGGCUCUCCAUGAGCAGCAAGCCCAAGAGUGGGGAAACUGCAAAUAAACCCCAGAACAGCGUUCCAGAGCAACCUCUCCCUGUCAACUGUGUUUCUGAGCUGAGGAAGAGGAGCCCAUCCAUCGUAGCCUCCAACCAAGGAAGGGUGCUACAGAAAGCCAAGGAAUGGGAAAUGAAGAAGACCUAGGAAGAGGAUGAGGAUUUCAUUCCAAAGGAAAUACCAGCUUGUCCACCUGAGGAAGAAAUGCUUUUUUCACAAGGAGACACCAAGAGACGACUAGGAAGUAGCCCUCGUUCUCCAGGGCAUCCAAAAUACCAGCCUUUAUUGUCUGCAUGAUUUUAGGGGAUAUGGGGAGGGAAGAAGUAGAAGGGAAGAGGGAAAUGGAGAGCAUCCUUAUGACUUUACAAAGGGUGGAAAUGAGGAUGGAAGGAUCAGAAGUCUGCACAGCUGUAAAGGUUUUAUAGAUGUCUUUGCCUUCCCUUCUGAGGAAGGGAAGAAGAAAUGAAAGCACAUGUGAAUAACCCCUUCCAUCCCAUUCACAGCAUUGCACUCCCAGUCCUUAAGGCAAAGGGAGGCAGUGCUGAAGCAUUGGUGGUGCAGUGUAAAGAGACAAGACCUGAUCAUCUGAUCACACUUGUGCCAACUUGAUUCAUAUUGGGCAUUACUAACAACCCCUGGGCAAGGUAAAUAGGUUGAACAAUCAAUAACAUUAUCCCUGCCUGCAUACAUGUGAACAAAAGCUAUAGAGGACAUGCAAAUUCUACAGUCAUUCCUCAUAUGCUUUAGACAGAGUGCAGCUACUGGAAUCUUCCAGAUUUCAGUGUUUUAAAAUCAGAGCUCUGAAUACACAAAAGGAAAGAGAAAUGGAGCAGCUGACAUAUUUUAAGCUCACAGUGAUACUCAGUGACAGGAGCACAGAGCUCUAAUGUCCACAGGAUGUUGUAGGGUAGGGUCUCUCAGUAAAUCAAGUCCCUUACCUAUGUUCUGACACUGAGGCUCUUGGAGCUAUGGGUUAGAAAUCCAGGAGGCAAUAUGUCUUUAUUCUAAUGAAGUCCUCAUCUUGCAUUCAGAGGCCCACUAGUUUGCCCUUCUAUAUAUUAAGUAAAACCAAGAGAAAUUAAGAGGAUGAUGGCUUCUUUCUGUCACAUGGGUGCUAAACCUUUUACAAACACUUGAUACUUCUAUAGAGGGACCAAGGAUCUCAAGUCCUGGGCAGUCUCCUUACUGUGCUACUCACUACUGUCUCAACACUGUAGUGAGUCUGUCUUUAACACAUUUCCUUCCAAUAAAGAUAAAACCACUUAACUCUUAAGAGCCAGUGCUUAGCUCAAGAGGAAAGAAGGAAAAUCCCAGAAUAACCGUGGCCACUUUGCUAUAGGGGUUACAUAUUUUAACCCACCUAAGGUUUUACAGACUUUAGCCUCACUCAAACUUUAUCACCCUCUGAGGUAGCUGGAGACCACAGCAGGAAAAAUAACCUGACCAGUAAUCACCCACUGAUUAGUGGCAGAGCGUAGGACUUAGGGGUUAUAAGCCCAGAUCCAGAUAUGGCUAGGUUUGAGCCAUGCCUCUAAUGACCAGCUGGGUGACCUUGGGAAAGUCACUUGAUCGCUCUGAUUCUUGUUUUCCUUAUCUGUGAAAUGGGACUAACAAUUGUUACUUUUCUCCCAAGAUUGUUGGGAAGAUUUAAUAAGAUAAUAUAUAGUAGGCAUCUUG